GCGGCAGUGGGCUCUGCGCCGCGCGGCUCCGCGGCUGCCUCUUUAAUCAGGAACACAGAAGGGGCGGGCCCUGAGCCGGCGCGUAAUCGGAUAGCUCUGCCGCCGCGGCUCUGACAUCCACAUGCUGCUCGGCCUGAAAAGGCAGAGGGGGGGAGCCGGAGGGGAGGCAGAGACCGCGAGCGAGUCACCAGCCCGCAGCCCGCCCCCUGCACAGCCUCCGACUCGCAGACCUCGGCGAGGCGCGGAGCGAGGUGGAGGUGAGGGCGGGCGCCAGCGAACUCGGAGAAGGGCUCGCUCACUCGCCAGGCGAUCCCAGCCGCUCCACCAGCCGCCGCCGCCGCCGCAGCACCACCACCACCAGCGGCAGCAGCAGCUUCCUUCCUGAGACGCCCCUCGAGAGGCUGGCCAGGAGGGUGUAGCUGCUGGGGGAAGCUCCCCUAGGGGAACCCGGCGAGGACGAGAGCCCGGGCGGCCGCCUCUCACUCGGGCUGUCCGGCAGCUGGUGCCUCCGCCCGCGUGUCCGUCCCCGGGACCGGGGAUGUGUGUCCCUUCAUGCCUGUGAGAUCACACCGCUGCCUGGGAAGCGGAGCCAGGGGAUGCCCGAGGCAAGUCUUGGCUUUAAUUUUUCUGAUGAUUCUUGUUAUUUGACGCCUGGCUUUCGGGAAAUACUCGUGAUGUUGUAGGAUAAAGGAAAUGACACUUUGAGGAACUGGCGAGAACAUAGAUGCGUUUUGAGAGGAAACCCGACCCCCCUCUUCGCGGUUUGCUCCUGUUUGGUGGCUUGCGGGGGGCUGCCUCCUCCUGGUGAGGUGGGGAUUCCAACAAGACUAAAGGUGAAGACGGGGCGCCCGGACCCCGGAGGGUACCCAGCCUCCCCCUCCCCCCCCCGUAGAGACACCUUUACAGAAGACGUUGCAAAGGAAAAAAUAAGAGACAAACACAAAGACUUGUAAUUAGACAAGAGACCUACAAGCCCUGCUCUGAGGGGAAGCCCCCUUCUCCAGAAUGGAUAUGUUGCUGGUCACCUGGGUUUUCCUAGCCGUCUGCUUUUCGGGACACGAAGUAAGAGGCCAAGCAGAUCCACCGUGUGGAGGCCGUUUGAAUUCCAAAGACGCUGGCUACAUCACCUCCCCGGGUUACCCCCAGGACUACCCCUCGCACCAGAAUUGCGAGUGGAUUGUGUAUGCCCCUGAGCCCAACCAGAAGAUUGUCCUCAACUUCAACCCUCACUUUGAAAUCGAGAAGCACGACUGCAAGUAUGACUUCAUUGAGAUUCGAGAUGGGGACAGUGAAUCUGCAGACCUCCUGGGCAAGCACUGUGGGAACAUCGCCCCACCCACCAUCAUCUCCUCGGGCUCCAUGCUGUAUAUCAAGUUCACCUCUGACUAUGCCAGGCAGGGGGCAGGCUUCUCUCUGCGUUAUGAGAUCUUCAAGACAGGCUCUGAAGAUUGUUCCAAAAACUUCACAAGCCCCAAUGGGACCAUCGAGUCACCUGGCUUUCCUGAGAAAUACCCACACAACCUGGAUUGCACCUUCACCAUCCUGGCCAGACCCAAGAUGGAGAUCAUCCUACAGUUCCUGACCUUUGACCUAGAGCAUGACCCUCUGCAGGUGGGAGAGGGAGACUGCAAGUACGACUGGCUGGACAUCUGGGAUGGCAUUCCGCAUGUUGGCCCUCUGAUUGGUAAAUACUGUGGGACCAAAACACCCUCCGAGCUGCGUUCUUCCACGGGGAUCCUCUCCUUGACCUUCCACACAGACAUGGCGGUGGCCAAGGAUGGCUUCUCUGCACGUUACUACCUGGUCCACCAAGAGCCACUAGAGAACUUCCAAUGCAAUGUCCCUCUGGGAAUGGAGUCUGGCCGGAUCGCCAAUGAACAGAUCAGUGCCUCAUCUACCUAUUCCGACGGGAGGUGGACCCCUCAACAAAGCCGGCUCCAUGGUGAUGACAAUGGCUGGACCCCCAACUUGGAUUCCAACAAGGAGUAUCUCCAGGUGGAUCUUCGCUUUCUAACUGUGCUUACAGCCAUUGCAACACAGGGUGCAAUUUCCCGGGAAACCCAGAAUGGCUACUACGUCAAAUCCUACAAGCUGGAAGUCAGCACUAAUGGGGAGGACUGGAUGGUGUACCGGCACGGCAAAAACCACAAGGUGUUUCAGGCCAACAGUGAUGCUACGGAGGUGGUUCAGAACAAGCUCCAUAGCCCGCUGCUGACCAGGUUCAUCAGGAUCCGCCCACAGACCUGGCACUCAGGCAUUGCCCUCCGGCUGGAACUCUUUGGCUGCCGGGUCACAGAUUCCCCCUGCUCCAACAUGCUGGGGAUGCUGUCUGGCCUCAUCUCAGAUUCCCAGAUCUCUGCAUCCUCCACCCGCGAGUACCUGUGGAGCCCCAGCGCUGCCCGUCUGGUGAGCAGCCGCUCAGGCUGGUUCCCUCGGAUCCCUCAGGCUCAGCCAGGGGAGGAAUGGCUUCAGGUGGACCUGGGGGCACCCAAGACGGUGAAGGGUGUCAUCAUCCAGGGAGCCCGUGGAGGAGACAGCAUCACUGCAGUGGAAGCAAGGGCAUUUGUGCGCAAGUUCAAAGUCUCCUACAGCCUCAACGGCAAGGACUGGGAAUACAUCCAGGACCCCAGGACACAGCAGCCAAAGCUGUUUGAAGGCAACAUGCACUACGACACCCCUGACAUCCGAAGGUUUGACCCUGUUCCUGCGCAGUACGUGCGGGUGUACCCAGAGCGGUGGUCACCAGCAGGGAUUGGGAUGCGGCUGGAGGUGCUGGGCUGUGAUUGGACAGACUCCAAGCCCACAGCAGAGACGCUAGGACCCACCAUGAAGAGCGAAGAGACCACCACGCCAUAUCCCAUUGAUGAGGAGGCCACAGAGUGUGGGGAAAAUUGCAGCUUUGAGGAUGACAAAGAUCUGCAACUCCCUUCAGGAUUCAACUGCAACUUUGAUUUCCCGGAAGAGCCCUGCGGUUGGAUGUAUGACCAUGCCAAGUGGCUCAGGAGCACCUGGACCAGCAACUCCAGCCCCCAUGACCGCACAUUUCCAGACGACAGGAACUUCUUGAGGCUGCAGAGUGACGGCCGGCGAGAGGGCCAGUACGCCAGGAUCAUCAGCCCACCUGUUCACCUGCCCCGGAGUGCGGUGUGCAUGGAGUUCCAAUACCAAGCCACCGGCGGCCGCGGGGUGGCGCUGCAGGUCGUGCGCGAAGCCAGCCAGGAGAGCAAGCUCCUGUGGGUCAUCCGCGAGGACCAGGGCAGCGAGUGGAAGCAGGGCCGCAUCAUCCUGCCCAGCUACGACAUGGAGUAUCAGAUUGUCUUUGAGGGGGUGAUAGGGAAAGGACGUUCUGGAGAGAUCGCCAUUGAUGACAUUCGGAUCAGCACUGACGUCCCGCUGGAGAACUGCAUGGAACCCAUCUCUGCUUUUGCAGGUGAGAAUUUUAAAGUGGACAUCCCAGAAAUACAUGGAAGAGAGGGAUAUGAGGUUGAAAUUGAUGAUGAGUAUGAGGUGGACUGGAGCAACUCUUCCUCCCCAACCUCAGGAUCUGGCUCCCCCUCGGCUGACAAAGAGAAGAGCUGGCUCUACACGCUGGAUCCCAUCCUCAUCACCAUUAUUGCCAUGAGUUCUCUGGGUGUCCUCCUGGGAGCCACCUGUGCGGGGCUCCUGCUCUACUGCACCUGUUCCUACUCAGGCCUGAGCUCCCGCAGCUGCACCACGCUGGAGAACUACAACUUCGAGCUCUAUGAUGGCCUGAAGCACAAGGUCAAGAUGAACCACCAGAAGUGCUGUUCAGAGGCAUGACCGGUUGCACCUGCAUCACAUCUAUUGCCAUGAGACGGGCUGGUGGUGAAGAUGACAUGUUCUUUUCCUUGGGAAACUGAAUGCCAUAAUUGUGAUCAAACUGGUCCAGAAUACCGAAGGUGUGGACAGGACAGACAAACAGGCUAGUCAAGGGAGUAAGGGAGAUGCUGCAGCCACGAAGGAAAUGGCUACUCACCUAGGACCACAGUGGCUGAGUCACUGCAGGAACACAUUCCCUGCUGGAACAAAGAUGGGAGGUCAACUCUUUGGGGUCACAGUUCUAUUUUGUUUGUGGGUUCAUCAUUAUGAUUGCUGUUGUUAUAUUUUGUUUCUUUGGUCUGUGAGCAACUCAAAGAGGCAGAAGAGAAUGACUUUUCCAGGAUGGAAGGGGAGCAGGGACCAAUACUCUCUGCUUUCUUCUUUCUAAUCAACACUUGAAGAGCAGAGGAUCUUUUCAGCCUUUCCCUCUUCAGAAAGAAAACUCAAGAGAAAGCCGUCCAGCUUAUCCCAGCCUCUGCUCAUCUUCGACUUAAGGGAUUUGCUGGUGAGUAGGUUCUGCCAGCCGACCCCCCAAGCUGCAGUGUGCAGGCCUAGCAUUUAAGUAGGAUGUUGUUGCCUUUAACUUUUUGUAUCCAGGGGAAAAUUGCCAUUUUAGGGUCAGCCUGAACAGCUCUUUCUUACAUGCGAUGUAAAGCAAACCAGAAAGAAGACGUCACACGUCAAAAACAGUGGAAGUGAAUGAGCCUUAAAGUGCUUGGUGAACAGGAGCCAUUCGUUAAAGCUGGACAGCGUCUGUGGCUGUGAGGCGUCCCUCCCAGGGCCUCUGGGGGUGCUUUUGCCUUUUCUUUUCCCUCUCCCUUAUUCUUCUAACACAGACACAUACACAUGUGCACACAUCUGUGCUCUCUCCCUCUCUCACACUCACACACA